AAGUUUGCACUUCCUGGAUUCGUCGAGGGGGCCGAUCCUGAUUUGACAUCAUAGACAAACUGCACUUCGAGCAGUGCGUUCCACCAUGGUUCCACCUCUCAUUUUUAUUCCACACGUUAAUCCAGUUUACCAGAGGAGGAGACGGCAGGACUAGCGGUCUGGUCUGCUCCAGGGACAAGAAUAGAGUAUUUCAUCGAAAUGAUAGCAGGUUUGAUUAAUUUGCUGGGACUCAAAAUCGACAUCAAAGAGUGAGGAAACAUAUCUGGAAGCACUCAAAGGAACAGAAGUGCCAGCCAAUGUCCCACUACUACAGCAACGAGGGGACCGGCAACCCUGCCUACUAUGAUAGCGACACUUUGGAAGUAGACAGAGGGUUCUCCAGGGGCUUCCCCCACAGCAACCCUUAUAACGCGGGCCAGGACUCCUGGCACAUAGCGGGGGCGGGGAUGGGCGGUGGUGCCCGGGGCCCCGCUGAGAUGCUGCCAGCCUACAGCGCCGCCGCCGCGCCGACGCCAAGCGGCGGGGUCUCCCGCGGCGACUGGAGGGAGAGCUGGAGAGACUCGUCGUCCGUGCUGAUGAGCCCUUCCAACCCUCCGACGGAGACCCCGAGAUGGCGGCCGCAGCAGAGCUACACCGUUUCAAUGCGUCUCCGAGGAUCAAGAAGGAUGAGUAUGUUCCCGGGGGGGUCAGGAGCUCUGGACAGGCUGGGCCUGACGGAGGAGGACAUCCAGGACGAGAUGGAGAACGAGGAACAGGACCUGGUGAAGAAACUGGUUGCCAUGUCGACCCAAGACAGCGACACGGCCGUUCGCGGACUGGCGAUGAGCUUCAGUGAAAAGAAAUACAUACGGGGUCAAGUCCUGGCGUACAGAUCAUCCAAGCAAAAGCACCAAUUCACAUUCUGUGCUGAUUGCUCUGGUCGGAUUUCAAUGUUUUUCAGGAGACUGCAGACAGGCUCGGGUUCCGUCCGGCAGACCCUGGCGCUGUGGCAAGGCUUCAUGAAGGAGGUCGGCGGGAAGUUCGGCUCCGGCGUCCUCUCCUACUUCCUGUUCCUCAAGUGGCUCCUCAUGUUCAACGUCUUCUCCUUCCUGGUGAACUUCGGCUUCAUCGCCAUCCCUCAGCUGGUGUCCGGAGACCCCUUCCCCGACAAGGCCAAGUUCAACGGACUGGAGCUUCUCACGGGGAUGGGUUAUUUUAGCAACACAAUAAUGUUUUAUGGUGGCUACAGUGGAGACGUGGUCGGAAAACCUCCCAAUGCCACAUACAACAUGCAGCUGGCCUACCUCCUCACCACCGCGGUGUACAUGGUGCUGUGUGGUGUCUCUCUGUUAUACAGAAUGGCAACUUCGUUCAAAAGAAACUUUGUGCUGGAAGGAGCCUCCGGUGGGGCCUGGACCGUUCUCUGCAGCUGGGACUUCAGCGUGGUCAACGAGAGAGCCGUGCGCCAGCGAAAAGCCAACCUCACCGUCCAGCUCAAGGAGUCUCUCUCAGAAAAGGCCCUGCAGGACCAGCUGUCCUCGUCCGAGAAGCUCCAGCGCGUUGGGGUCCACUUGGCCUUCUGGCUGCUGGCCACGGGGCUGGCCAUCGGGGCCUGUGCCGCCAUCUACUUCCUGUCUGAAUUUGAGCAGACACAAAUCGACAAAGGCUCGGAUGCCGCAACCCUGCUGGUGCCGUUUGUGGUGUCUCUGGUCAACCUGGUCGUCCCUUUGAUUUACUCACUCUUCAACAAGGUGGAGCGUUUCUCUAAUCCACGCAUGCAGGUCUACGCGGUCAUCCUGAGAAAUGUCUUACUGAAGAUGUCUAUCCUGGGGAUCCUCUGCUACUACUGGAUGCAGAAAGUAGCACUCGAAACAAACACGUGUUGGGAGUCCUCUGUAGGCCAGUCUCUCUACCGACUGGUGGUGGUCGACUUCUUCUUCCUGUUGCUAGGAUCCUUCUUUGGGGAAUUUCUGAGCAAUAUUAUUGGCACAAAGUGUGUGCCAAGCCUUGGGGUUCCUGAGUUUGACAUUGCACGGAAUGUUCUAGACCUCAUCUACUCUCAGACGCUGGCAUGGAUUUCUAUCUAUUUCUCACCUCUGCUGACAGUCAUUCAGAUCUUUAAAUUCUUCAUUCUCUUUUACGUCAAAAAGGUGAGCCUGAUGCACAACUGCCAGCCUCCGCGGAAGUCAGGCAGGGCGGCGCAGAUGCAGACGAUCUUCAUCGGCCUCCUCUUCCUCCCCUCCUACGUCGGGGCGCUGUCUGUGAUUGCCUACACCUUCUGGAGUUUGAAGCCCUCCGUCUUGUGCGGCCCGUUCAUAGGCCUGGAGAACCCGUUUGCCGUGGUGGAGGCGUGGAUGAGCAUAGAGAAGGACUGGGUGGUGUGGAUCUACCAGAAAGUGAUCCGCAGCGAAAUCUUCUUCUACCUCAUCAGCCUUUUAGUCCUAGUGCUGACUUACUUCUUUUGGCAACUGAAAGAGGGUCGGAAGUUACUCAUCAUCCGGCUCCGACAGCGGAUCGUCAAUGAAGGGAAGGAUAAAGCAUUCCUGCUUGAAAGAUUACAAAAGCUUCAGAAAUCAAAAAAACCUUCAGGGGGUAAACUGAAAACAAGGACGAAUAACCAGAGGAAUGUCAGCAAUAGGCAGUGGUAUGCAGAGCCUGGCUCUGAGGCAUUGCCUGACAGUCGACCCCCCAUGUCCGAGAGUGGAUUCGGCGGUAUGAGAGCCGCGGUACCUGACAAUCAACCCCCCAUGUCCGAGAGUGGAUUCGGCGGUAUGAGAGCCGCGGUACCUGACAAUCGACCCCCCAUGUCCGAGAGUGGAUUCAGUGGUAUGAGGGCUUCAGUAUCUGGCAGUCGACCCCCCAUGUCCGAGAGUGGAUUCAGUGGUAUGAGAGCUUCAGUAUCUGGCAGUCGACCCCCCAUGUCCGAGAGUGGUUCCGGUGUGUCCGAGAGUGGUUUCGGUGGUAUGAGAGCCACGCUACCUGACAGUCGACUCCCCAUGUCCGAGAGUGGUUUCGGUGUUAUGAGAGCUGCGGUACCUGGUAGUCGACCCCCCAUGUCCGACACAGGCCUCAAUGGUGUGAGGGCUGCAGUGCCUCAGGGUGGCCCCCCAGCCUCGUCCACCCCCAGCGGCCUCAUCCAGGCCAUGCUGGCCAGACAGCAGGCGGAACAGGACGACGACGACGACUACGACUACUGAAUGAAGCAUAGCGUUAAGAGCACCGUUUGACCUCCGGUUUAAGAGCCGGUUCUUUUCAAAGCCGUGCUCAAGAGAAGCCAUAUGCAGUGGGCACCUCGUUAUGGCUUAUAUGGGAUUAUGGGUUGUGGAGCAUUGUGGAUUCUCCCACAAUGAAGAAUAGCAAACGCUACCUUGCAAAGAACAAGAUAAUAAUCGGGCAAGGCCAUUCAGAUCAAAUGUUCUGUGAAAAAGGUGAAAUGUGCCAUUGCCUUUGUUUCACCUUAAUACUUCUGAAAAGACUGGAAGACACUGAUUGCUGAAACUGAUUGUGACUAGAACACAUAAAGGUCUGUCAUUGCACUAUAAACACUUUACUGUUUCACUUCACAUUUUACCAUCCUGCACAGUCCCUGCUGAGGCUCUAUGAUGCAAUACCUGAUUCAAAAAUGAAUACCUUACAUACAUUUGAAUCAGGUUGAUGUUAGAAUUGUAAGAUUUAAGAUUGUGGUGGAACUAUGAAAGAGAGUGAAUCAGACCCAGCAUGUUUUGUAUGUUAUAACAUGAAAAAAUCAUACAAACACUGGAUACACUGUGAGAAGAAUUAUUGUAAAUAAGUAAAUUAUUGAUUAUUCUGAGUACUUUGUUGUUGUUUUUUGAGUGGGCCAACCUUUCAGUGUCACUGUGCAUACAAAAUAUUAUGUAAAUGACUUCUGCGGGUUUUUG